AUGAAGCUCAUCAUUGCUACUCUUCUGGCUCUCACCGCCCUCGCCGCUGCGGACAUCAGCUGCGACCUGUGCAAGAACCACUACCAGUACUGCCUUGACAAUGGAGUGGUUCCUGGUAUCGACAAGGAGGCCCAGAUCUGUGCCGAGCAUGUCUGCUUCCAGAACCCCGAGGUGAGUGGAUAUGUAUCCCGCAUAUGGUCUCCUAGAGCUGAUAUGUGA